AUGGACGACUCUACAACGAAGCGUAGAAACUCAAACGUCGGACUGGCCGCAUCAAGGCCGACAUCGACGGGAACGCCAGACCCAAGGCUGUUUGAUAGGCACGUACGGGGUCUCAAGCCCCGUGCACAGUCGACGCUCGGAGGUCUCAGAGCACUGUGGAGGCAGUAUGUCCCUCCCGGACUGAGAAGCACAUCGCGCGCUCGGUCAGAGACAUCCUCACGAGCCUACAUGCCUAGUUUCUCGUCUGACGAUUCAGAUGAUGACCACAACGACCAGCGCUCCUCAAAUGGCUUGCUCUCUGGUGAAGAGAAAGCGGAAAUGUUCCGCACACGUUCAGGUAGCCCAAGGCGGUCGCCUAGCAUGAGCAGGAGGCGACCAGAUGGGACGGAUUUCCCUUGGCGCAUACGCAGACGCUUGUUCACUUCUAGGUUGGCAGCGGCCGCGCUUGCUUGCCUCACAUUCGUGAUUCAUUGCUGGGCAUUCUCAUACUUGGGCACCGUCUCGCUCGAAGCAAACGCUGCACCACCCUCGUACAGACGCACUGACGCUCAGCACGUAUCCUUUGAUAGCCCGCAUGCCUCAUCGACGCUGGGGAUGGGUAUCGCACUCGCUCUGGGUCGCCUAUACUCGACCAUAGGCGUCAUUGCCGCCCUUGCUGGCUUCCACGCUGUUUACAAGCAACACUUGGCUACAUUGAACGUAUUCUUCCUUUACUCACUCAUGGACUUGCUCCUCUUCAUCGUUUCCUCCAUUACGCUAACGGCACUAUACCUGACCGAGAAAUACCAAGCUUCGUUCAAGCAUGUCAUCUGCGAACGAGCUACAUCCGGCGAAUUCUGGUCGGGCGUCGGAACUACCCUAGGCGACUCCGAUCGGCCUACUUUGGCAUCUUCCCUGCUCGACACAGAUGCACGCCGCCGUUUCGUCAAGCGCGACCUUGUCUCUGCGCUCCUGACACGCCGCGAUUCAAACAUCAUGCAGGCCCUCCCAAAAGGCACCCAGGGCGACGAUACCGGCUUCCUCAAGACGCUUUCGUAUGCCGUACUGGGUCAAGGCGGGUUCGGCGUCGAGAGUUGCGAGGAACGAUGGACCCUCCUCGUUGCGCUGACUGCGCUGGCUAUGAUCCUUCUCGUCUGCAUCCGCGUUGGUCUCGUCGUUGCGACAAGCCAUUACUGGAACCGUAUCGUCGCUCGAGCCGCCCGGCGCUCAGAACUGAAUUAUGCAAAGCUCGAGUCAACAGAGGCUCUACUCAAAGAGCGAUCCAGUGAUAUCGAGCGUACCGCACGCUCGAGGCCGACGAGCUUCAGUACUCCGUCGUCCAGCGGUGGUCCAAAUCCCACGACGGUGACGUACGAUCAGCGAGGUCACGUCAGACGAGGGUCUCUCAGCGCUACGUCGCCUCACUCACCUAUCAAGUCAUAUUCUCUGCCGGUCACUGCAAUCGAGGCAGAGACGACAGGAGUGAUCCGAUCGCCUAGUCUGUCAUCAUCCAUCAAGUCGCCAAUGACUGGCUCCUCUGGUUCCGCAGCACACCACAGGAGCAGGAAGAACAGACCACAUUCACUGAUCAUGCUCUUGCCACCCACCUUUGAAGGCGCUCCGAGGAACUCGCCAAUAUUAGCGAGCUCAGUCGAGCAGAUAGAACCCGAUAGCAAGAUGACGACAAAAGCUUUGCCCAUGCUCGAUACUACACGCACCGGGUUGGGCAUCGGACCCGUCUCUGCGCCAGUACGGCAAUCAUCUGGUGAUGACACGCCGACUGCAAGCAAAGGAAAAGGCAGAUCACGUCGGCGCUUGUCAGAAACAGUCGUCGUCUAUGCCCCUGUGAGGAUGACGUGGCAAGAAGCUCGCGAUCUCGGCGGAACCGAGGCAUGGCUACCUGCCAUGCCGACCAAGAUCGAUCCUUUGCCAGCCGAAGAAGGCUCCAUAACACCUUUGGCUCUGCCUCGUUGCGACUCGCCCACGUCUAUGGCUGGCGGAGCUGAUAGGAGUGUCAGUCCAGCUGAUUCGGAGCGGACGACCCGCUGA